GUGUGAGACUAAAUCAAUGCCUGCACAGUAAUCGGUUUACUUGCCCUUUGCUCGGGAUCGAGCGGCUCAGUUGAUUCUGAGGAGACCCGCUGAACAUGAAGGUCCUGUCUGUCGUGUUCCUGUGUGUUCUGAUGUCUCACGGAUCCGGCGUGUUUCUUGAUAAAGAUGGCGCCAGCUCGGUCCUGCAGCGCGUGAGGCGCGCGAACUCCGGCUUCCUGGAGGAGAUGAAGCGCGGGAAUCUGGAGCGCGAGUGCAUCGAAGAAGUCUGCGACUACGAGGAAGCGCGGGAAGUGUUCGAGGACGACUCGAAGACGAAACAGUUUUGGUUGAGUUACUCCGAUAAGGAGCCCUGCUUGACCAAUCCGUGCAAGAACAAUGGCACAUGCAUCUAUCUGGCCAGCACCUACUACUGCCUGUGUCCGGAGGGCUUCGAGGGAAAGUACUGUGAGAAGGGGUUCGAGGAGACGCUGAAGUGUCAGUACGUGAACGGAGGCUGUGAACAGUUCUGUGAUGAUUCUGGGCUCAGACGUGAAUGCAGCUGCUCUUCAGGAUAUCUGCUGGGGCCUGAUGGGAUGUCUUGUGAUGCUGAAGUUGUGUAUCCGUGUGGAAAGGUUCCGCUGCAGAAAAACACCGUUUCUUCUCACAAACAGAUUGUGGGUGGAAUCCACUGCCCCAGAGGUCACUGUCCCUGGCAGGUGUUGAUCGAUUAUAACGGAGAGAGUCUGUGCGGAGCGGCUCUUCUGGACGAUAGCUGGGUCGUAACCGCCGCUCACUGCGUUCAUCAGAAGGACGUGAAGCGCUUCAAGGUUAUCACAGGUGAUCAUGACCUGGAUGCGAUGGACGGCUCGGAGGAGGCGUAUGAUGUGGAUCUUGUGGUCAUCCAUGAGAACUAUGACCCCGUGUCACUGGAUAGUGACCUGGCUCUUCUGAAGCUGCGUGGAGAAGUCAAGCGCUCUGAAUACGCCGUGCCCGUGUGUCUACCGACGCCACAGCUGGCCCAGAACGAGCUCGCGUCGGUCCGCUUCCACACGGUCAGCGGAUGGGGCAAGCGGACCCCAGGGGACAACAUCCACCCGUCCAGGGGCCUGGAAGCCCCUUCGUCCUCCACCCUGCAGCGGCUAGCCGUCCCCGUGAUGCCCACCGCGCAGUGCGUGAAGAAUAGCGCCGUCAACAUCACGGCCAACAUGUUCUGCGCGGGAUACGCCGAGGGCAGCCAGGAGUCCUGCAGAGGACACGACGGCGGUCCGCUGGUCACCCGCUACGAGGGGACGUCCUUCCUGACGGGCGUGGUGUCCUGGGGGCGAGGCUGCGGUCAGCCCGGGUACUACGGGAUUUACACCAAACUGGCCAACUUCUUGAACUGGCUCCAGGUGGCUAUGAAACGCCCCGGAUCACCGACCGCUCACGAUUAGCGUCUGCCAUGAGCUGUGAAAUAAAACACUCAUUCCCAGUC